AAAAACUUCUGAAAAGAUGGCUGCUGGUACAUAAUUCGAAUGGAUCAGUAAGCGUAAGAAGCCGAUGUAAGAAGGCAAUCCUAAAAUCAAUAUUUACGAAAAUCCGAAUGACUGCAGGAAUUGAUAAACAGAGGAAGGCCUCUGUUUAUUCGCACAGUUAUCCGGGAAAUGUCUCAACGAAAAAACAAGCUCGUAGGUUAAAAGAAAAUCGUUCUUUUUCUGAAGACAUCGAAGAAUUUGAAAACGCUGCAAAAUUUUGUGAUGUCCACAUGAAUGUGAAAUUUUCAUUUGCUAUCCCAUUCUGGCAACAAAUGUAUGCCACAAAAGUUGCCGAAGGAAGCUACGGAGAAAUUUAUUCAUUCCGCCACGUGGACGGUUCAUGCAGAGUUUUCAAAUGCAUUCCAGUAGACGGGCAGCAUCCUUUGAAAUCAACACCUAACAUCACCUUAAGCUCGGCCAUACCGGAUAUCGUUUGUUCAGCGUAAGUAAAAAGCGUAAGCGUAAGUAUAAGACUAAUUCUAUAUUAAUUCUGCUGGUUUUAAAUCUAGAAUGGCUCCACAUUCUUCCGUUCACUAAUCCAAGUGGAUAAGCCCUCUGAUUACUAAUAGUUCGACCGGGUUCAGAUCUGCGUCGAACGGCCUGGUUGCAUGGGCAUUUAGAGGUCUUUUCCAUGUGUAUUGAGAACAUCACCUAAUUUUCAGUAGAAUCCUUCACAAAAGAUUCCCAUUUUAGACAAAUAACUCUCUCGAAAUUUGCCUUAAUCCUAACUUUUCUAAAUAAUACUAUUCUUUACCCGCUGAAUGUGCUAUUGCGCUAUAUUUAAAGGACUGUAACUACUGGAAUUAGCUUUUAUUUUCCGAAGUUACAUUUUCCGGGUUAACUCCAAUCUGAGCCAGAAUUACGUUUUCUAAGACGUUUUGUAAUGGAUUUAAUGUUUUCUAUAAUGUGUAGUGAAAAUUCAAACCGAGCACAAUACUAAUUUGUAUGAUUUUUUAAAUAAAAAAAAUAUGGUUCAACGGUAUACGACGAUUUGUACUGUAUUCCCCUUCUCUAUUUCUUUUCUUUCUUUCUUUUUUUUUUUUUUUUUCUUUUUUUUUU